CUCCCGACACAACCUCCGCCAGAAAUCAAAUCGUGCCGUGCUGGCCAUUGCAUUCCCUCAUGUUGCGGACUUCACUUCGAUCCGUGAGGGCACUCGGCAGCAGGCCUGUUGCAACUGCUGCUGCCCGCCAAUGGCGCCCCUCGAUCGCGAGACCGGCCGGAGUAGUCACCAAGAGAUGGCUCGCCGAUGAGAAGAAACCAAAUACAGAAGCAUCCAAACCGGCGGCGAUCCCAGCUUCCGAGACGACAACGGCUCCGUCAACCCAACCUCCUCCCCUUCCAGAGGAUUCCGUCGCCUCCUCGACGAUACCACCAGAGAAUGUCCCUCUAGAACCGCCUGCUCCCGAGUCCUCGACCGCUACCUCACCGGCUGCGGCAGCACCACCCCCAGCGACACCGCUUGGUCCCAAGAAGAAGGGAUUCUUCCGUCGUCUGCGCAACUAUGUCCUGACCCUCUCGAUCCUGGGCGCCCUCGCCUUUGGCGGUGGUGUGUGGUACUCGCGCAUCAACGACAACUUCCACGACUUCUUCACCGAGUACAUUCCCUUCGGCGAACAGGCGGUGUUGUACCUUGAAGAGAUGGAGUUCCGCAAGCGCUUUCCCCAGGUUGCCCAGCGGGUCACCGGACGGCAGCGGGACGGAGGAGAUAAUGUCAAGGUUCCGGCACAGAGCGGUGCUUCGUGGCGAGUAGCCGACAGAGGUGACGUCGUUGAUAAGCAGUCCAGCGGCUCCCGCAAGGCAGCGGCAGCCAAGGAGGCCGCAGCUUCGCCCAGUCCUAUGGAGAAGCCGAAGCACGACGCUCAGAAGGUUGCCGAACCGCCGAAGCCCACCGCCGAUCCGGAGAAGGUCCCGUCUCCCGCCGCUGCCCCAGCUCCUGUGAUUGACUCAUCUUCGUCCAACCCCAACUCGACUCCCACAACCUCUGCCCCGGACAAGGCGCCAUUCAAGGCCCCUGAGGUUGACGAACCGUCGCGCUUCCCCCCGGCAUCUCCCAUUGACCCUCUUGCGGUCAAUGGCGCCACGGAACCGGUCGUCCAGGACCUGGUGCGCAUGCUGAAUGACAUCAUCACAGUCGUGAACGCCGACGGUGCCAACGAGCGGUACGGCGCCACCAUCGGCAAGGCCAAGAACGAGCUCAAUAAGGUUGCCAAUAAGAUCAAGGCGAUCAAGGCUGCCGUGGAGCAAGACGCCGCGAACCAGGUCAAGGCGCGUGUCGUGGACUUUGACAAGGCGGCCAACGAGCUCGUCACCCGAGUCGAGGCUGCCAUGGCGUCGCAGGAGACGCAGUGGCGCCGCGACUUCGAAUCAGAGAUGAAGAGGCUCAAGGACAGCUACGACGAGAAGCUCAAGCUCGUCGUGGAACGCGAGCAGCAGCUCAACGAGGAGCGCGUGAACAACAAGCUCCUGGAACAGAGUAUCGAGCUGCAGCGCCAGUUCGCGAAAGAGGUCAAGAAGAUGGUGGAGGACGAACGGGACGGCAGGCUGGGCAAGCUGAACGAUCUGUCUUCGGCCGUGUCCGAGCUGGAGAAGCUGACGACUGGCUGGAACGAGGUGGUGGACACGAACCUGCGAACCCAGCAGCUGCACGUGGCCGUCGAGGCGGUCCGCGCCAGCCUGGAGGACUCGCACCACCCGCGGCCCUUCAUCAAGGAGCUCGUGGCGCUGAAGGAGAUCGCCGCCGACGACGCAGUGGUCGACGCGGCGAUCGCGUCCAUCAACCCGUCGGCCUAUCAGCGCGGCAUCUCGACGCCCGCGGAGCUGAUCGACCGGUUCCGGCGCGUCGCCACCGAGGUCCGCAAGGCGUCGCUGCUGCCCGAGGACGCUGGCGUCGCCAGCCACGCCUCGAGCUGGGCGCUCAGCAAGCUCAUGUUCAAGAAGCAGGGCUUGGCCGCCGGCGACGACGUCGAGAGCAUCCUCACGCGGACCCAGACCUACCUCGAGGAGGGCGACCUCGACAAUGCCGCGAGGGAGAUGAACGGCCUGGGUGGCUGGGCCAAGACCCUCAGCAGGGACUGGCUCGGUGAGGUCAGGAAGGUCCUGGAGGUGCAGCAGGCCUUGGAGGUCAUCCAAACCGAAGCUAGAUUACAGAGUCUGAAGCUAGAUUAAAGAAUUGACGGUUUCUUUUGUCUCUGUAUAUUUGCCCGUAGGACUUGGGGGUGGAUAAAAGUGAGCCGGUCGGCUAUGUGUACCAAGAAAGCCAGAGUAAUAGACAAACAGUAGAACUUGGACUGCAAAUCCUAGCCUCCUGUGCGAGUUAUGUGUGAGAUGACGUUCAUUUGGCAUGUGUGUGUUGCAAGUCAAGGGAGGUUGCAACAGUAAUCAUCCACCUUGAAAGAAAACCCGC